UGAAAACGGAAGUACUUCGACAAUGUGUUUUGCAUGAUACAUCAUACGACAGAAUAAGAUUUACUAAUUCAGUUCUAAGCAAUGCACAUCACAGUUACCACCCUUUCUGAUCAAAUAUUUUCACUGGAUGUUAGUGAAGAUUUAGAACUCGAAAAUUUUAAAGCAUUAUGUGAAUUUGAAAUAGGCAUUUCGGCUUCUGAAAUAGCAAUUUUAUGGAAUGGUCGACCACUCCACGAUGACAAGAGAACACUGAAGUCAUAUGGGAUUAAAGAUGGAGAUAUGUUGUUGUUGCAGCACAUGCAUGGCGUUCCACAGACCCCCCAUAGUCCUCAGCAGCCGGGGCCAGGUGUUCCACUGAUUGAUUUUGGGAGUAUAAAUAUACCAGGACAACCUCAGGGCCCCAGUGGUGCAUCAGGAGGAGCCCGUCAACCUCUUGCCCCUGACGACCCUGAGGUCAUUCGACAGAUGCUGCUUAACAGCCCUCAUGAAUUGUCUCUAUUAAAAGAAAGGAACCCACCCCUAGCAGAUGCUUUACUUAGUGGAAACAAAGAAAAGUUUGCUGAGGUUUUCAACAAACAGCGACAAGAAAAACUUGAAAAAGAGAGAGAGAAAAUACAGCUGAUGAAUGCUGACCCAUUUGAUCCCAAUGUUCAAAGUGUUAUUGCAGAAGAAAUAAGAAUGAAGAAUGUGGAGUCCAAUAUGGAGAGUGCGAUUGAGUUUGCCCCAGAGAGCUUUGGACAGGUUGUGAUGCUGUACAUUGACUGCAAGGUUAAUGGACAUCAUGUCAAGGCCUUUGUGGACUCAGGAGCCCAAAUGACCAUAAUGAGUCAGUCCUGUGCUGAGAGGUGCAAUAUUAUGAGAUUAGUCGACCAGAGAUGGGCUGGUAUUGCCAAGGGAGUGGGAACACAGAAAAUCAUUGGAAGAGUGCAUUUAGGUCAGAUUCAGAUAGGCAAUGAUUUCCUUCAGUCCUCUUUCUCAAUACUAGAGGAUCAACCAAUGGACAUGCUUUUAGGACUGGACAUGUUGAAAAGACACCAGUGUUGUAUUGAUCUAAAGAAUAAUGUGCUCAUAAUCGGAACAACGGGAACUGAAACUCGAUUUCUGAGCGAGUCAGAGCUCCCUGAACAGGCUCGACUCAACUUCAAUCAAGCCAUGUCACCCAAAUCCCAGCUGUCAGAGGAUGCUCAGUUAGCAGAAGCUAUUGCCAAAUCACAAAAUGAAACCUCCCAGCCCGGUCCCUCUAGUGACAAUAAAACUGUGACCCCAAGUGCCUCAGUAAAACCAGACUUCCCGGAGGAGGUCAUUCAGAGACUAAUGAAAAAUGGAUUCUCUAGACCAGAGGUGUUACGGGAACUCGCCACGGCCAAUGGCAAUGCAGACAAGGCAUUAGCUGCACUGUUCGCAAAAUCCUUCCAGCUUCCAAAGUAACGACAAAGAAGUAGUAUGAAUGUGAUGAGUGGGUUAGCAUGUGAUUAUAAUCAUGGAGGUUGUUUGUUAUUCAUCAGGGCCAUUAGAAAUCAAACUUUAUGUAAUGUGAUGUAAAAUCAUUCUUUGUUUCUCUCUCCAUUAGUAUUUGUCAACUGAAUGUUUUACUUUGUUGUUUAUACAUGAGUUACCCUGUCUUAUAAAACUGCACUUUCUUGUUAAUGAGUUUUUAUAUGAUGCCCUUGUUUAAGCUCAAAUAAAAUUUUGACACACAA